GGUGUCAAAGGAGGGGGUAUCCUGGAUACGCAAGCUUAAGAUUCAGGCUUCAUCCUGUCCUGAUCCAGGUUCCUGGAUGUAGGUGGCAUCUGCAGUGGUGCCCUGGAUUCCCCACUCACCUUCCAGCCUCUCCUUGCAUGAGCUGAAUGUACAAAUGCUUGUGGGACAUCACGUGAAUAUCAGGGCAUUGUACCUGCACCCCACCUGCUAAGCACUACAUUAAGGGCACCCCCUCAUCCUCUCCGAGUCCUACGCCCUUCUACCCUCCAUCUGCAAGUCUCUAGGCCCUUCUUCCUGGACACAUCUGCAUUGGCUCCACUGCUACUUCAUUACCCAGCAUCAGUGGCCACCCUCGUCCUAGCUCACUAUGGUGCUACUCUGGCCACACCACAGACCUCCCACAAGCCUCAGAACUACAGCCCAAGUAUGUCUGUGAUUCAAGUAGAAUCUUGAGUCGUCUGUGGCCAACCCAGCUCCUUUGGGCAUUAUAGAUACUCAGUCAUCAUUUGCUUUGGAUGAUGGAUUGUUCUAGCACCGCUUGCUCAAAGGAUGCUCCUUUCUUCACCUACGUGGUUUCCCAGCCUUACCACAAAACUGAGUAACUCAGUCCUUCUGAGACGUUCCAGUGCCGCAUGGUCGUGUCUUCUGAUCUCCUAGGAAGUCCUGAGGUUAGCCCUCCCCCUCUGCUGGUUCUCAUCAUCUCUGCUCUCCGAGCUCUUUUGUUCCAAACACAGUUGAGAAUCAGCUGUUCUAUUUCUGUGGAAGAAAAUCAAAAGUCUGCAAGUGGAUCUGUCAAAGAAUCUUGGGUGAGGGGUUGGUAUUUUAACAGUGUUGCAGACUCAGAUCCGGGAUCACAACAUCUGGCUUUCUUCAGCAUAUGUUACACUGAGUAUACAGUCUACAGGCCAACUUCUGACGGCCUGCUACCAGACUCUACAAGCAAACUUGACCUUGACUGGAAGAAGCGCUUCAUUGGCAUCCGGAUGCGGACCAUCACGCCAAGUUUGGUGGAGGAACUGAAGACUGCCAACCCAGACUUUCCAGCGGUGAGCAGUGGAAUAUAUGUUCAAGAGGUCGUUCCCAACUCACCUUCUCAGAGAGGAGGCAUCCAAGAUGGCGACAUCAUAGUCAAAGUCAAUGGACGUCCCCUGGUAGAUUCCAGUGAGCUGCAGGAGGCGGUCCUGAAUGAGUCCUCACUCCUGCUGGAGGUGCGGCGGGGGAAUGAUGACCUGCUCUUCAGCAUCAUGCCGGAGGUGGUGAUGUGAGGCUACUCUCCGCCAGUGCCAUGCCAAAGCCUACAGGAAGUGGGGUUCCGGUCUUCACAAAAUCAGGACGAAGGGCUGCUGUGGUCCUCAGCAGGAUCAGCAGUCUCCUCUCUGGUCCAGUGCUGAGUCCAAGGCUGGACCUAACCAGGGAUCUGGAUCUCAGCUGUGACCCUUAAUUCCAGUUCCAAUAGAGGAGGCACAGUGUCCUGAUGUUACCAUCUGAGUUCUCUGGACAUAGAAGCUCCUAGAAACUUCCCGGGAAGCCUGCCCUUCCCCCAGCUAACCUCUGCCCUCAUGAAGGCCCACCCAGCUCCCAUCUUCACCUUCCUUGUACCCCCAGUGUCUUGACCUCUCACUGUCACAGGUACUCUCCUGACCCCAACAGGCUUCCAUCUGCCUCAGCACACCCACUCCCCAUGGUAAGACAGGGGCUGCUUGCCCUGCCACCUGGUAUCCCCGGAGAGCAGGCCCGGUAGCUGCCCCCUGGAGAAGCCAGGGUCCUGACCUGGAGCAGGUUAACAUCCCUCACUGCUGAGCUGAGCCCUGUGCUGGCCCAGGCGGGCAGAAAGCAGAGUGUCAUGGUCACAUGGUCUCCAACCCUGACAGUUCAUUCUCCCAAGGUGACCACAUGGUGACCAGAGAGGAGUGGGUACCUGCCUGAGGUGCAAGGACUGAGCCACUUCACCUCCGCAUGCAGCUCCGGGUGUGGCAGCCAUCUCUGAAGAUGGCCACCCAGCCGCCAGCAGGCUCCCGAGGGCAUCUUUGUUCUCCCUAGUGUUUCAAGUGUAUCUGUGAGCUUUGCUGUAAAAUUUCUCCCACUACCCACGUUGCUUGUACUGUAUGUUUCUCUACUGUAUGAAAUUAAAGUUUACAAGCACAUAGCUGUCA